AUGGCGGCAGCUCAUCGACGUGGCGGCAAGCAUGCCGUCAAAGAUGAGGAUCUCACCCAUACGAAAUAUGACCACUACACACGCGAGGAGCUUCUUGCGGCUGUGAAAGAGGCCGGCUGCUACGUCAAAGAUGACAAGAAGAGCACCAUGGCCAGAAAGCUUGCUAAACACGAUCAAGAUUUACAAUUCUCUGCCAGGAGAGCGGCACAGGAGCAGAAGGAGAAAAAGGAGAAGAAACAACAAGAGCUCAAAGACGCGGCUAAGGCAAAGAAAGAUCGGAGAAGAGCGAGAGGGAAGCGCAACAAUGACCGAGGCAGAAGGCGCGAACAUGGAGAAGACGUCAGCUCCAACUCCGAGGACACUGUUGAUGCUGAUGAGCAGGACAGGUACGAUGCACAGAAGCUUACAGUGACUGGUGGUGAAGCGCUCAGCGACGAGACGUGGGAGGAUACUGCUUCCGAGUCAACAAUCCAGUCCAGAAACCCACCCAUCGAACCAGAAUGCAAGCUGAGGCUGUUUGAAUGGUCCUACAUCGCCAUGCCACCGAAGUCCCAGCUGCCGUGUGCAGGGGAAGAACAGUUUCCGAGACAGCUCACGUACGCGUCUUUGAAGCUUAUCACGACACAGACCCGUGAGAAGAUUACACUUCCAGGCCUGAAGUAUCCAGCAGGCGUCGAUCCAGAUUACGUGCCUGUUCUCGACCCAUGUACACGGGCUGCUGUGCGUCAUGGACACAUGAUCGGCCUUCUGGCUCACGCGACAAUCGAGCCUGCAUCCACAUGGGCGUCUCGCACUCUCGUCCAGGGCUGGAACGGGCGCAUGUACUUCUCCCUCCCACUGCGCGAUGAUGUGAAGAACCGUCAACUCAUCGAUGUGUACCAGAAAUGGAAUCUUGGGAACAUGAAGUUACUACGCUCGACGCCAGGGGCUGUAGAUCCAAAGGCAGACCACCGACACAGAUUUGCACAGCGUCUCACGAAUAAAAGGAAGCAAGUUGCCGAUGUGUAUGAAGCGUGUCGAUGGCGGCCGCUUGCGGUGAGCUAUGUGCCGAGUUACCUUGAUUGGGAGAGAGGGAUCAAGAGUGCUUCUCUCACGCAUUUUGAGAAGUCGAUCGAUAAUCUGUACUACGUUCGUUUCCCGGGCUGCGAUCUCCCGCACUACUACUUCUGGGCAGGGAAGAGCGAAUCGAGUGAUCCUACGACGCCAAACACGGCUUGGACGGUAUCAUUAGAGCAAAAGGUCAACACGCAGGCGGUGGCUACUGCCAAUACACCUCCGUCACAGGCUCCGUUUAGGAUCAAGAAACUCAGCACGGUUUCUUCGCUCCGCCACGACUCACCCGGUCACCCAGGACCUGAUGCUACACUCUCCUCUAUUGAGAUCGAUCUUUGCACGCAUGGGCUAUCAGCUACCCUCGCCAAGCACAAAACAUUUGCCGUCUCUACUGGCAAAGCGCAAGCUUGGAACAUCUUCACUGAAAGGAUGCCCGUACUGUAUCCCAGUGGCGAGCUACCUGAUGCCCCUCCUGUCAAACCAACGCAAGACAUGUGUGUUGCUGAGAAGAUCGCUGCUCUCCAGCUUGGGCGUGGCUUCCUACCGUUCAACGGCGAAGAAAGCUGGACGAAGGACGACGAUGCUGUGUGGGAUGUUGUCUCUGGCGACAGCAACACAUGCAAUGCAGAACUAGAAACUACUUCCUCAGCCGGGACCAGCUCGAUUGAAGACGAAGUAGACGCUCUUUACCGACGCGAUAGCAUGGACUUUCUGCCACGCACACAAGACAAACGCAUAUACGACUGGCUCGAGCACAUCAGCUCUGCCUACUCACCAAAGACAGCCCCGCUCUCGCCGACUGUCAAGGACCCGGAGCACAUGCCAGAGCCGAAAUCUCGGUUUUGCCCUCCAGACAACGCGGACACAGGGCCCACGUGUCCGUUCUGCAACGUAACCUGGGGUUCACUAAAGGACUGGGAGAAAGCAGAGCACAUGCUCUCCCACUCCCACAUUUCCCCCAUCCACACCGUCGCAGCGCCCUCCCUUAUCAAUGCAAUCGGUGUAGGUGCAAAGCGUCGGCAUAGUCUGCUCAGUAUCACAACGCUUCGUUCCUAUCAUGCCAGGGGAAAGGGGACAAAGAUGCUAAGGAUAGAUGUAUGUGCUGAUUUAGCUGAGCGAUGGGCGAAGCUAGGCAGGAAGGAUAGCCCGUUCACGAAGGAGGUGAAGAGGGUGAGGGCGCUCGAGAGGAUAUGUAGUGUGGAUUUGGUGUUCGAGCCUGAGUUCGAGGGGGGAAUGGAGGUGGAGAGCGAAGGGAGUGAGUGGUUUGGGGAUGAUGAAGGAGGAGGGGAGGAGGAGUGUUUUUGA